AUGGCUUGGCGGGUUGGGUUGGUGGCGAUCAUGGCUGGCGGGGCCCUCGCAGGCUCUGCCUCCUCCUCCCCUCCCCUCGACCUCUCCUCAUCAAAAAUCUCUCCUUCUCCUCUCCCUCUUCUACAGCGUUCGCCUCUUCUCCUCAAACAGGCCUCCGGAUCCCUACCAGCCGGCUGUGGGAUCCAGCCCUUGGGGAGGCUGUAUGGCGGAGGCGGCGGACGCAGCGCGAGCAGAGAAGGUAUAACAGGACAGGGCUCGAAGAAACGAGCAGAGAGGAAAGAGAAAGAAGGGCAGAGGGCUAUCCCGAGGAUGAGCAUUCGAGGCGGCAAGGAGGAGGCAACUAUGGAUGAAGGGAAGUCGAAGAUCGAUGAAGCUCUGUACAGUCGUCAGCUUUACGUUAUGGGGCACGAUGCCAUGCGCCGCAUGCAGCAGUGUGAUAUUCUUUUGAUCGGGUUGGGUGGGCUGGGGAUUGAGAUCGCAAAGGACCUUGCCCUGGCCGGAGUCAAAUCGCUGACCCUGCACGACCCCACCGAGGUCACGACGAGAGACCUGACUUCACAGUUCUACUGCACGGAAGAAGACUUAGGGAGGAACAGGAUCGAGGCUUCACUGGAGAAGCUCUCCUCCCUCAACCCGCACGUGAAGAUUGACGUGCUUGAGGGGCCGAUCAACGGCACUGUCAUCUCCAAGUACAGCCUUGUGAUCUGCUGCGAGAACUGCUUCGGGGAGUGCGUGAAGGUGAACGACGCCUGCCGCCACCAUGGCGUCAAGUUCAUGAUGGCGCAAACCCGCGGGCUGGCCGGCAACAUCUUUGUGGAUCUGGGCAAGGACUUUGAGGUGACUGACACCAAUGGGGAGAAUCCUGUUCAGUUCAUGGUCGGCUCCAUAACGCAGGAGGAGGUUGGCGUCGUCAUGACUCUGGACGAGCAGAGGCACGGGCUAGAGGACGGAGAUCUGGUGACCUUCUCGGAUGUGCAGGGCAUGACGGAGCUCAACGGCAUCGAGCCAGUGCCUAUCAAGGUUCUGGGUCCUUACACCUUCACCAUCGGCGACACUUCCAAGUACAGCGCGUACAAGAACGGAGGGUAUGUGCACCAGGUGAAGAAGACUGCGAGGAUUGACUUCAAGUCCCUGCGAGAGAGCUUGCUCGAUCCUGAGUUCACGACGAGCGACUUCGCUAAGAUCGAGCGUGAGAGGCAGCUCCUCCUCAUCUUCCAGGCCAUCGACAGCUUCUUCAUCCAGUUCGGAGCCUUCCCGAGACCUGGAGACCAGCAGGACGCGGAGUAUGUCCUGCAGAUGGCGAAUCAUUUCAACCGUGAGAUCAUUGUGGAAGGGAAAGUUCUCAACAGGCAGCUGGUGGACAAGAUCGAUAAGAAACUUGUGCUCACCGUCGCCAAGAUCGCGAGCGGGCAGCUGAGCCCGAUGACUGCGGUCAUUGGAAGCAUCGCUGCGCAAGAGGCGCUGAAGGCGUGCUCGGGAAAGUUCAUGCCGAUCAAGCAGUUCUUCAUGUUCGAUGCUCUUGAGGCCCUGCCGGACAAGGAGCUGCCGAUGAGCGAGUACGAGCAGACGGGCAGCCGUUACGACGCUCAGAUCGCCGUGUUCGGGAAGACGCUGCAGAAGAGAAUCGAGUCGCUCAAGUACUUCCUGGUGGGCGCAGGGGCCAUCGGGUGCGAGAUGCUGAAGAACUGGGCGAUGAUGGGAAUUCACUGCACAGACAUGGACGUAAUCGAGAAGUCAAACCUGAACCGUCAGUUCCUCUUCCGCACCAGCGACAUGCAGCAGCUCAAGUCGGAGACGGCAGGGCGGAGGGCCAAGGAGAUGAACCCCUCGCUCAACAUCGAGACUUACUCGGUCAAGGUCGGGUCGGACACGGAGGAUGUGUUCGGCGACGAUUUCUUCGAGAGCCUCGACGGAGUUUGUAAUGCGCUUGACAACGUUCAAGCUCGUACGUACAUGGACCAGCGAUGUAUCUACUUCCUCAAGCCCCUGCUCGAGAGCGGAACCCUUGGCACCAAGGGCAACGUGCAAGUUGUGAUUCCGCGAAUCACCGAGUCCUACAGCUCCUCUCACGACCCUCCCGAGAAGGCUAUUCCUAUCUGCACGCUCAAGAACUUUCCCAAUGCGAUCGAGCACACGAUCCAGUGGGCGAGAGACGACUUUGAGGGAGUGUACAAGCAGGUCAUCGAAGAUGCUGUUUCCUAUAUUUCAGACACUGAACGCUUCAUUGAGAACCUGAAGCAGCAGCCAACAACGGCGCCAGCGACUGUCAAGGGCAUCAUCGCAACGCUGGGAGGCAGCAGGCCGAAAAGCUUCGAGGACUGCGUGGCGUGGGGGCGGCUGAGGUUCGAGGAGCUCUUCAACCAUCAGAUCCAGCAGCUCCUCGUCUCCUUCCCCCUCGAUAUGGUCACCACGAGCGGGCAGCCCUUCUGGUCGGGAGCCAAGAGGCCUCCCACACCCCUCCAAUUCAGCGAGGAGGAGGAGUGGCAUGUGGAGUUCGUCGUGGCGUCUGCCACGCUGCGGGCAAAGAACUUUGGCAUCGAGGUGCCGGCGACCUUGGAGCGCUCGGACGUGAUGAAGCUGGCGAGGAAGGUACGACGGGAGAGUGUCGGAGGAGAGGUAGGGGAGGCUGAGGGGAACGGGCAGGUCAAGGUGCCGGAGUUCGAGCCGAAGCAGGGGGUGAAGGUUGACCUCAACGACGGAGAGGCGAAGAAGGAGGGGGAGGAUCAGGUGAUGGAAGGGACCUCCGACUCGGAUGCUCGGAUGCUCUCCAGUCUCCCUCCUCUCUCCUCCUGCUCUUCGGUACAGCUGGAGCCCGUGGAGUUUGAGAAGGACGACGAGCUCCAUAUGGACUACGUUACCGCCUGCUCGAACCUCAGGGCGACCAACUACAACAUCCCUGCUGCCGACAAGCACAAGACCAGACUCAUCGCCGGCAAGAUCAUUCCGGCCAUCGCCACCACGACCUCCAUGGUCACUGGCCUCGUCUGCCUCGAGCUCUACAAGCUCAUCCAGAACAAGCCCGUGGAGCAGUACCGCGAGCACGAGUGGAACUUGUGGUCGCGCUUCGAGGUCCAGGGCAAGGACAUGACGCUGGGGGGUUUCCUGCGGCACUUCAUGGAGGAGUACAAGCUGGAGGUCUCAAUGGUCUCGUGCGGGGUCUCGAUGAUCUACAGCACGUUCAGCCCCAAGGCGAAGGAGAAACUGACGCGGCCGCUGCUGGACAUCGUGAAGAAGGACGCCAAGGUGGAGGUAGGGGAGCACCAGAGGUACCUGAUGCUCGAGAUCUGCUGCAAUGACGAGGAGGGGGAGGAGGUGGAGGCGCCGAGUGUGAGGUUUGCGUUGAGUUGA